AUGGGGGUAAGAUUAGAACAACAGCCAGUUCAACAGGAAGUCCCUGAAGAACAACCUAGGAGAGUAAUGAUGGUUAAUAGAGACCAGGAUGCAGACGAAGUAAUUCAUAGGGUUAGGCAAGAAAACAUGAUGGAAAAUAACUUAACUACUAUGAUAGAGAGAAUCAUGGCCCAGAAUGGUCUGAAUACAGGACUUCGACGGCCAAAUUAUACCUCUCCUUUAUCAGAAUACGUCCUACAAACUGAAUUAUCAAGGGGUUGUAAAAUCCCUAAGUUCACCAAAUUCUCAGGGGACACUAGUGAAUCCACUAUGGAACACAUAGCCAGAUACAUGACUGAGGCAGGGGAUUUGGUGAACAAUGAGAACCUAAGAAUGAAAUAUUUCCCCAGUUCUUUAACGAAGAAUUCCUUCACGUGGUUUACAACUUUGCCACCAAAUUCCAUAGAUACUUGGAUAUGUUCCAUAGCCAAUAUUAAAAGAAAAUUCACUGAACCUAUAGAUGAUUAUUUGAAUAGGUUCCACAGGAUUCGACAGGUCGAACGUUUAAAAGCUGAAAAGGCCAGAGCGAAUAAGAAUUAUAAGAAAGAAAGGGUUGCUUAUGUCGAAGUCGAAUAUGAGGAGUCUGAAAUCUCUAAUGACCCUUAUGGUCUCGAGGAAUUCGAAGUAGAUUUGGCUGAAUUAAAAGAAGCACCACCUUAUGCUUGUAAAUUACUUACACCUUCGAAUGGCAGGAACCCUGUCGAAACUGAAAAGAAUGAUAGAUUUCCUAAAAAGACUUACACAUUUUAUGUAUUACUUACAUCUUCGAUUUAUUAG